AUGUCCACGUCCUCAUCUCAGAAAGACUCACCUACAACCUCCAACUCAACUGCUUUCGACGCGUUUUCUUUUGCGAUGGCCAGCAGAACUUCUGAGGACAACUCCAGCAAAGAGCAACAGCCAACUGGGGACGUGAAAAAGAAGCCUUGCCGUGCUUGUACGGACUUUAAAUCGUGGAUGAAGACACAGAAGCAGAAGACGACAGCUGCAGUGCAGGAUUCCCAAGUUGAACAAGAGCCCCAGUGUCCGCUGGACAGGCAAGAGUUGGGACGCAACACCUGGUCAUUUCUGCACACCAUGGCUGCAUAUUACCCUGAUGAACCAUCUGUCGGACAGCAGCAAGAGAUGGGCCAGUUUAUCAACCUUUUCUCCAAAUUCUUUCCUUGUGACGAAUGUGCAGAAGACCUCAGGGAGAGAUUAAAAACCAAUCAGCCAGACACGAGGAGCCGUCACGCUCUUUCCCAGUGGCUCUGUCGACUCCAUAACAACAUCAAUGUGCGUCUGGGCAAGCCUGAGUUCGAUUGCUCCCGAGUUGAUGAGAGGUGGAAGGAUGGAUGGAAAGACGGUUCCUGUGACUGA